ACGGACUAUCAAACACAGCAGCAUCAGUGCAGUGUAUUACGUUACUGAAUUUUUAUCUACCAUAGGCCAUACUGCAUACUUUACUAGUACACAUUAAAGUUUUACAGCAGCAUAGUGACCAUUUAACACAGCGCUAUACAUAAAGUGCAGCUCCAGUUUAAUUGGCUCUCUCCUCUCAAGAUGUCCUUAGAUAUUUAUGCCACACCAGAUUUAUCAAAGAAGGUGAGAUACAACAGAGAGGUGCAGGAAGACAAAGUUGAGUGGGAGGAAAGGCAGGUGGAUAUCUACGAGAGUACGGACGCUAUCGGGAAUAAUCACACUGAUAUUCAGUCACUCGAAGGAGGACCACACACUGAGAAGCAUCCUCCAGCCGUCCAAAGGAGGCCUUUCAGGGUUGCUGCAUAUUGUCUAGGAGUGCUGUGCCUCGUGAUGAUGACAGGAAUCAUCCUCUUAUCUGUACUCUUCACUUUGGGAAGAGACAAGCUGCACAGCAGAUACGACCAACUGAGCAAAAACUACAGCCAGCUCCAAAGACAAAUUUCAAACGUAUCAGUCCACUAUAGUCAGGUACAGGAUGAAGUGAAGCAGCUGCAGAACAAAAUUGAAGGGAAGUGGUGUCCUGAUGGAUGGAGCAAAUUUGGAUGCAGCUGUUACUUUAAAAUGAAUGAAGAGAAAAAUUGGGAUAGAAGCAGAGCUGACUGUCGGCAGAGAGGAGCAGAUCUGGUGGUCAUAAACAACAAAGAGGAACAGAAGUUUGUCACUGAGCUGAAUGUGCAUGGAGAGUCCUGGAUUGGUCUACAGGAAACAUGGACAGGGGGAAGAUGGGAAUGGGAACAGAAAUGGGUGGACGGAUCACCACUGACAGAAAUGUUCUGGGCACCAGGACUACCAACCCAUGAGGGAUAUCAGCACGCUGCAACAUGCUGUAAUGACCAAGGACAAUGGACACAGAGUCUACAUCAUGUGUAUAAGAACUGGAUCUGUGAGAAAUAGAUUUCUUGUAUUCUUGUAUUGGGUGGUGUUGCCAUCAGCUUUGCCAAUUCAGACCAAUAUACAUUUUACAUGUCUUUAUUCUGUGCUGCAUGCUAUGUAACCUGAUUACACAGAUGCUCCUCUGCCCUUUAUAGUGGACAAUGUGGUUGGAAGUCUUCCACACAGAUUUACAUGGGCACUUACUCUGUAGUCCUUCAGCAUUAUUAUAAUAAAAGUCAAUAAAAACAUUAAAUUGCAGAUUGUCUACAUGUUACCAUAAUAAUACAUUUGUAUUCAGUUUGAGGUUUUCCUGCAUUUCUUUUAAUACACCUGCAGUCACCAGCUUCUAAUUGUCACCUCAAACAUCACCUCACCAACAUGCAGGAGGUUCAUGUCAGGACCCUAAAGUCUGUGUAAUGUGUGUCUGUCUACAAGGCACUGCAGUUCAUGUCCUGAACCCAACAACAGGCUAACUGUUGGCUUGAUAAGGAUAUUUCCUGAAUCUUAAUGAAGGCACAGUUACACUUGUCAUUUCAAGUGUCUCAUAUACAGGUUAAAUACAGAUACAAUUUAAUACAAUUUGGUUGUCACAUUGCCACAUAUGAGUCUCUGUUAGCCAGGACACAAUCUGAUGGCAAUCAGUCUUUGUUUUCCUGAGCGACAUGCAAACCAGGGUCAACCACAACAGAAAUGACUUGAGCUUAAUAGCGUUUGUUACUACAACAACACUUAAGUUAACUACCCAAUCCUGCACUCAUACACAUACACUAAUGAACAUGGAAGACUUGCGAAG